AGGAUGGUGGUGACGGGAACUCAUUCGAUGAUGAAGAUGCACUGUAUUACAGUCACAUAUACACACGUAUCCCCACACCAUGGGACUUGACAACCACCGAGCUCUGUGGUAUGGGCUGGUUAUGUCGCUGUACACAUAUGGCUUGACAGGAGCACAGCAGGAAAUCAUCUUCGACGCGCAUCAAAGAAUAACAGAGUUUUCUCCACCCAGUAACGGUACAAAUAGAACGGUAACAUCAGGUCGGAAUAUAACUUUCGUGUGUCGCAGAUCUGUUGCAGAAAAUAAUGUCUUCGUCGAAUGGUACAGAAACAACCAGCGAGUUAAAACGGCAGAUGUGCAGUACUUCAAUGGUAGAUGUAGACUGAAGAAUCAGACAUUACCACGCCUGUCUGUAGAACAAACGGAUUGUGAAGAUGGUCAAUUCAAGCUGAGGAUAAGAGAGGUCGAUACCAGUUUUGAGGCUGAUUGGUUCUGUGUCGUCAUUCGAGCACAACAGGUUCGAUAUCAAAGCCAGUACAUUGGGCUUCAUGUUCAAAGCCUAGGUGCUGGAAGAUUUAUCCCAGACUCAGGCACACCUCAGCUGAUAGUUGGAGUCGCUGGUGGCGGUCUGAUGCUACUAGUUGUUGUCAUUACGAUGUGUGUCCUACUCAGAUACAGGAGGACAAGAAACACUGAUGAUGGCAGGUUGGGUGGGCGGACAUCAGUACAGACUGAAAAGGACCAAGAAUCAGAUGGGCCUCUAGUGAUGGAGGACAACCCUAUGUACAGCUCCUGUGACGAUGAAAACGGUGUCCAUGCCCCGAAAUCUGGACAAGAGUGUGAUGUAUACAGUGAGGUUCAGAAACAGCCGAAGACGGUGCCAGAGUUCUGUGGCCAAGACGGCGUGGAUGGUGGCAGCAUCUACGCCAAACCAGACAAACGGAGGACGUCAGCAUGCGGCGGUAGAUCAGUCCUGAGCCGGACAUCAACUCUUACCUGAGAGCUGUUCUUUCAACUGACAGGAUGGACGACGCCGAUGCCACAGAUUUAAGCCAAAACGUUUCCUUCGCUUUUUUUACAAAUUCCACGAACUACCCUAACCUCUGUCCCCCAGUCACAGUUCAGAUUCACACAGCACCUAACUAUGUUCAUUGGAGAAACGUUUUCUUCCCCGUAGGUUUUCAUAGUUGAAUGAUUCAGGAGGUUGGGCAUUCUUAUAAACUUCUUCCUGACAAACAGUGGAACACGCGUUGCUUUUAAUCCAAGGAAUCAAAUCUGCUUAUUUUUGUAUAGUUAACUACCGUUUUAUGACGUUAUCUAAUAUAAGAUCAAAAGGUAUAUCUUUGUUGUAUAUCAGAUGACCAAGAAGACAUACGCUAUUGUUUCAUGCAUUUACUGUCUCGCUCGUCGAGCUGUGAACCUGGCUCACACUUGGUAGGGAACUGGUUUCACACUAAGACAAGUUUGACGUGGUGUCAGUGUUCCUUUAUACUGCAAGCAAGCAAACCCAAUUGCGUGUUGUUUUGUUUGUUUGUUUGUAGUUUAACGCCGCAAUCAGCUAUAUUCAAGCUAUGCAUAUUGGAAUACAUAAUCGUGUCUGGACAAGACAAUCCAAUGAUCAACAGCAUGAACAUCGAUUUUCGCAAUUGGGAUACGAUGACAUCCCAUUUGUGUGUUGUCUUCUGUGCACAGCUGUA